UUUGGAGUGUCGCACCAACCCACCUAGUUUCCAUCGCCUCCCUCCUCAAACCUCUCUCUCUUCCCUGUCUCUUUCUGUGUCUCUCUCUCGAUCUUGCCCCAACGUUCUGAUUCAGAUCUCUCGAGAGAUUCCUCGGUGCAGCUAGGACACGAUCAACGCCCGAAGGAUGCAGAGCACGGCGGCGUUCUCUUUCUCUCCGUCGCUCCCUGUCGUCAAACCACGGCGGCUCUCGCACCACCAAUCGCUGGUUAACCCUAGGUUCUCCGUCUCUUCCUCUUCAGGACGCCACGAUCUGAGCGUUUCCCCCAAUGUCGUCUCUGUUCCGUCUUUGCCUCGCCGAUCUUGGCGUUUAUGCUCACCCGAUUUGCCGCUCCGGUCGUGGUCCGGCGUCUCUUCGGUCUCUCCCGGUUCCGAAUCGAGCGGGUUCGAGGCCCAGGCUGCGGAGAUCCCUGAUAGCGUCGGGGAAGGAGAGAAGAGUGGUGGAUUGAUGAAGACGCUAGAGCUCGGGUUGUUGUUUGGUCUCUGGUACCUUUUCAAUAUAUACUUCAACAUCUACAACAAGCAGGUUCUGAAGGCAUACCACGUCCCCAUGACUGUCACUCUUGCUCAAUUCACUGUCGGAAGUGCGCUCGUUUUGUUCAUGUGGACUUUCAACCUGUACAAGAGGCCUAAGAUCUCUGGUGCCCAGUUGGCGGCGAUCCUGCCACUUGCAGCUGUGCACACUCUUGGUAAUCUCUUUACCAACAUGAGUCUCGGGAAAGUUGCUGUGUCAUUCACUCACACAAUCAAAGCCAUGGAGCCGUUUUUCUCAGUUGUGUUGUCUGCUAUGUUUCUCGGGGAGAUGCCUACUCCUUGGGUAGUUGGUUCCCUCGUUCCAAUUGUUGGUGGAGUUGCUCUUGCAUCAGUGACAGAGGCCUCUUUCAACUGGGCUGGAUUUUGGAGUGCAAUGGCGUCAAACUUGACUAACCAAUCCCGUAAUGUCCUGAGCAAGAAAGUCAUGGUUAAGAAAGAGGAAUCUUUGGACAACAUCACCUUGUUCUCCAUCAUAACAAUAAUGUCUUUCUUCCUGAUGGCGCCUGUGACUUUCUUCACUGAAGGCAUUAAGUUUACUCCUGCAGCUAUCCAAUCAGCUGGCCUGAAUCUUAAGAGCAUCUAUACAAAGGCUCUUAUUGCUGCGCUCUGUUUCCAUGCUUACCAACAGGUGUCGUACAUGAUACUUCAGAGAGUAUCUCCAGUGACACAUUCUGUGGGUAACUGUGUGAAGCGUGUGGUGGUUAUCGUGAGCUCUGUUAUAUUCUUCCAAACUCCCGUCUCACCUAUCAAUGCUAUCGGAACUGGGAUAGGUCUUGCUGGAGUGUUCUUGUACUCGAGGGUGAAGCGUUUGAAGCCAAAGCCUAAGACCGCUUAGAGAACCCCGCCAAGUGCUGCUGCUGAGAGGUACCACAGCAGUGUUUUAUUCUUUGGCAGGCUUUUUUGCGAAAGUAGUAAGUACGUGGAACCAUGUUUUUCUUUUCAUGCUAAAUCUAGCUUUAAGGUUUCUUUUUCAAGUACAUGGAACCAUGAAGUCGUUUUUAUGUUAUUCGAAAUAUCUUGUCAAGAUUUUGAGAGAACUGGGAAGAUUCCGAAUGCUAAUCAAGUUAUAAUCAUUGUUUUCAUC